AUGGGAUCGAUUGCUCCUCCCUCGAAUCUGCUCGAGAACCUUCCCGCGAGACCGCCAACGCCGCCACGAGAGACGCACCAUGAGAACGAGACAGCCUUGAAGCAGGCCCUGCUCGGCAGUAAGAGCGAGUCCAGACGAAGCCUCCAUACACCGCCCAACGUCUACACUCCCUCUUCGACAGCCAGUGACAGCUCGCGGAGGAAGAAGGUGGUCUUCUCGGCGCAGGCAGAGUAUAAGGAGCCUCCAAACUUCGUGGAUGGCAGCUCGACACAUCCCACACCCGUUUCCGUUCUUCCUCCCAGUGCCUCGAAACAGCCAGGGAAGUCGAUCUUGAAAGUCGCCUACGCGCCCAGCCCGCUCCAGUCAACUCAUGCUUUUGGGCUUAACGGCGAGUCGAUGAACCAAGCAAAUAUCGCCACCAUGUUGGACUCGACGAUUAAGCAGCUUGCCGGCAAGGACCGCGACUCGAAGCUGGACGCAUACAUGAUGUUGGGGCGAGCGCUCAAGAACUCAAACAACCUCCCUGACCGAAUAGCGCUGCAAGACAAGAUGAGCUUGUUUAUGCAGUUCAUCCAACGCGAUAUGACAUCCAAGACUGCUACGGGCAGCCUGGACUCGACACUGAUCAACCAUGCGCUGAAUCUUCUGAGCACAUUUCUUCACUUUCCUGCCAUUGCCUCGACUCUUUCCAACGAGUUCGGUAUCUUUGUCAUUGACCACUGCAUUCGGUCGUUCGAAGAUUCGUCAAUUCCCAAGGAUGUCACCCGGCAUUUGAUGCAAGUCGUUGCAUACCAAAACUUCUCACCAAAAGUCAUGACUUCCGAUCGAGUAGGUCGGAUGGUUGUGGCUUUGCACAAGAUCGAGGAGCACAUCAAGGGGAAAAGCAUCGUCAUGUCUCGCCUGCAUAUUUAUCGCAGGCUGGUCAAACAGUGCAGGCAGCUUAUGGUGGUGCACUCUGACUGGCUCCUCGACCUCUUCACCGACAUGCUCAGCAGCAUGAAAGAGAUUCGUUCAUGCGCGAUCUCGUUGGGGCUAGAGGCCGCCUUCGCCGUCGGGCGAGAGAAGCAGAUGACUCGAAGGGUAAUGGAAGUUUUCCAGCUGACCCUGGAAGAGAAGACCUACAUCGAGUUCUAUGCGGAACGGCUGAAGGCGAUGUUGAAGGAGAAGCACGAAUCUGCAGCUGUGCCUCAAGUCUGGAGCGUCGUCAUUCUCUUCCUCCGAGGGCCGGACAAGUGGGAAUAUUUUGGCAACUGGCUCCGGAUCAUUCAGGAUUGCUUCAACAUCAGCGACUACCAUACCAAGAAUGAGGCCAACUACGCCUGGAACCGCCUUGUGUACUCCUUGCACACAGAGGACCGCUCACUUUCCAAAAUGAUCUCCACCCUGGCCCAGCCCUUGGUUGCCCAGCUUCGACGAAAGGGCACAGGCAAACAAUCGGAUGACCUCCGCCGAACCGUCCUCGGCGGUAUUUGCAACUUGUUCUACUACGCCUUCAAGCCUACAACCAAUCUCAUCCACCUCGACGCAUACUGGGACAAUGCAGUGCGACCCUUAGUGAAGCAACUAGUCGACUUACGGCCCGAGGAAAGUAAAGAGUAUCACAAUCAAGCCUGCGCGAUCCUCACCGGGCUUUUCGACUGUACAACACCUCGUCGGUGGAGAGAAGAGCGUGUGGCCGACAGCCCGUUGGUUCAGCCUGAAGAGCUUCCAGCAAUAGACGCCAAGUGGCUGCGACGCAACUCGAAACGAGUCUUUGCCUUGAUAGAGCCACUUCUGGAGAGGACUUUCUUGGAUCUGUCUACCUCGCGAAGUGCCACACACAAACUUUGGUGUACACUCAUCGGCGCCGUUGCAUCCGCAGCGUCCAAGGAGAUCAAGGUGUCCCUAGACACUGCCACAUUUGUCGCCCACGCCUUUGGCCUGUUGAUGAGGAUAUGGAAUAAGGGCCUUCCACAGGCCAGUGAGGCUCACGAUGGUCAAGGGCUUCAAUUCUUGACGAGCAUGCGAGAGUUUGUUCUUGUUAUGGUUGAAGCCCUGGGGCUGUUGCCCUUUACCGAAAAACAACUUUCUAUGAAACACAACACCUUCAUUCCCAUCGCUACCCCAUCCCAUCGCUCUGGCAAGGGAGAAGGCGUGCCACGUUCGCCCUUACAACAUCUAUACUCGAUCCUAUUCACCUUACCUCCUGGGAUCGCUGACGGAGAAGACUUUGCCGAGUUUAUCAAGUCCGUGUUCGCUCCCUUCUUUGCCGCUAAGAACAGCAAAGGACAGUCGAACAUCGCGCAAGAGAUGCUUCAAUCCAUGCCUAUGGAUGCUCUCAGCCCGUAUGGGCCAUGGCUUGCAGCCUCGGAGAAGAUUGCGGCUGGACUCGAGUCUGCCCAGCAUAGCAAUCAGACUGUCAGCUCGAGCAACGAAGCACUAGUUGGUCACGAAUACCGUGACGUGGUCCGGGUCCUAGAGAGGGGACUUCGCUCUACCCCAAACCUGCCCUGGAUUCACUGGCAAGUGCUGUGUGCAACGCUCUGUGACCGUGUGAGGGACGAAACGGGUGAUGCUGGUCUCGCCAUUGCUGUCAUCGAGCCGUUGGCUAAGGUGAUCCUGGAUAUUGGCGACCAGAUGUCGCUCUCUACCGUUCGCAGUGCUAUCGAGCUGCUUUCAGUCGCAGCGCAACCAAGAGACCGUCAAGCUGUAGAAGCCGCUCGUCGGAGAGUAUGGGGCACAGUGAUUGCUGGUUCUCGGUCCAGCUCAUUCGACCCUUUCGAUGCAUUGUACAAAGCGGUCAAUCACACGCUGGUACAUUUGUAUGCCUCUCUCAAUAUGUACAACUGCGAUGAGGUCGUGGUCCCAGCCUUGAGCGAACUGAGCUGCUUCCUUGACAGGUGUAACCCCCAAUUGAUGAUGGAAACUUUGGUGGCCUUGCAAGAUGGUCUCGCUCCCUGGGUCAAAGAUGAUCAGGCUCAACUCAACAGCCGCCAAUCCACCACGGCAGCCGAAGCGGCGAAAUCCCUCUGGGACAAAGUUUGCAACAUUCUCGGCAAUGUUGAGAGCCCUGACAUGGUUCCCUUGGACGAACUGGAGCCUCUGCUUUCUGCUGCGUUCGAAAGCAAACAUCGACAUAUCGUGAAUACUGUUUCAACCGCCUGGAAUAGGAUUUUCGAUCAUGCAGAGGAGAUCAACUACCCUGAGACCCUAAAGAACAUCCUUCUAUCUCGCCGAUCUGUCGUUGAUCUUGUCUUACCAGGACUAGAAGUGUCCAGCGCGGGGUCUCCUGUCCCACGCCAAUCCUUUAUCGAUUCUCAAGAUGAUCUUGAUGCUCUUGGUAGUUCAGCCAAGCGUAACAACAUCACACCUCGGCCUUCCUCGUCUCAUCGCUCUCUGUCCCCGCUGCCGGUCACCUUGAGUCUGCCCGCCAAGCGACAAGUCGAGAAAGCUCCUCCAAGGUCCAAGACUCCAAAGCGUGCUGCGAAGUUGCGCCAUGACGACUCACAAAUCCAGUUCGCCCCGAUUGACACAUCACCCUUCGAGGGCCAUGAUGUAGAGUCGCAGGUGCUGACAGAACGGCAGAAGGAAGUACGAGAGCGGCAGCAAGAAAAUGCUGUCUUGUUUCCCGACAUUCGAUCAAGCCCAAGUGCAAAGCUGCCCACCCCGUCGCGUGUAGCAUCUUCGCAGCCUGCUGCCGAGGAGGCUUCCCCUCACCCUCCUCGAGCUGCCACGCCGGAGGGCGAGGGUGGGUUUGAUGACUUUAUCACCUCGACGCCAACGCCUCGACGCGGCCAGCCCGUCGCCCUGCCCGAGGGCGACCCGCCAUCGUCUCCGCCAGAGCCCCGACGCUACCCUUUGCUUCCCGAGAUUGAGACUCGCUCGAAUAGCAACAGUCUCAUGGACGAGUGGCAGUUUUCAUCUUCUCCCAUCUCCGGUUCACCAGUGACGGCUGUGCACAAGGCUUCUGUGCAGCGUGUCAGGGACUUUGCCGAGCAAGUGGUAGACGCUAUGGACGUUGACCGAGCCGAAGACGAGGAGCCGGAUCUCCCUGGUGUAGCGGACGAGACUUUUAUCGCCGAGGAGCUGCCAGCAAUCAAGCAGCCCGUCUUCAAGUCGCCUAAAGCGCAGAGAUACCACAGCGCCACCCCUAUCACCCCGACGCGCCUUCUCCGUUCGAGGGCUGGCCAGGAAACUCCCAGGUCUGGCAGUGAUAUCUUUGUCGAUGCACCGACUAGCCCUCUACACUCGUCACCUAGAGUCCGACGAGGCUCACAAAGGAGCAAGAGCCAGCAAAUUCUAGACGCCGACAGCCAGGAAGGCGACCAGUCCUUUGUUGUUAGUGAGGGAGACGAAAGAAGCAUGCUUAGACUGGUGGUUGAACUGGAUCCUCGCGAUGCACCGUCUCCGUCCAAGUACAGGAAGCCCUCCGAGUCUCCCGCAAAAUCGCCUGCGAAGUCGCCACCAAAGGCCGCUUCGCCCGUCCUCGACUGCAUCACUGUUGGUGGAUCGAAGAAUGGCCGGGGCCGUGCGGCAAAGAAGACAAAAUUGGAGCCCACCAUACCAUCUACUCCUGCAGAGGCCGCUCCGGUGGAGGAGGCUGCCUCGGGCGAAGUCAAUCUCGACGAAGAUGCUGCCGUGGAUGCAUCGCAGGAGAGCAGCCGUUCGAGCAGGAAGAAGCGCAAGCGGUCUUCCAAGUCCCAAGAGGGUAGCGGCAAGAAAAGGCGAAGCCGUCGCCACACCUCAUCUCAGCUUGGCGCGGAAGAGGUCCCUGAUAGUCAGGUUGCUGCUCUCAAGCAUGCUGAGCUUACAGAGGAGGCCUCUCAGUCUUCCGUGUUUCCUGAGAGCGAAUCCAUGGAUCUCGACGUCGUUAAUGACGACCAGCUGCUUCUCCAAUCUCAGAUUGCAAGUGAACACGAGGCUCACAGCCAGAGGAGCGAGGCGGGAGAGGAGGGCGGUAACCUGCAGGGGGAUGUCUUACUCCACACAGUCGAGGUGACUGACGAGGUUACGGACGAGGUUGUUGGAAGGGUGUCAGAAGAUGUCGCAUCGGCAUCUGUACGAAAGACGGAGGAGCAGAAUGUAGAACCCGCCGAGGCCGUGGAAGAGCCGACGGGCAAGUUUGAGCAGAUUAUGGCAGCUCUACGCAGCGGCCUGGUGGCGCUGCGCUCGGCCACGUUAUCGAGAGCCGAGGUCUCCGAGGUGGAGGACAUGUGCAUGGAUGUAAAGAGGGAACUGUACGAAGCCGAGAGGAGGGGACGAGACUGA